ACAUUUUAAACUAUGUUUAAAAUUUAUUUUAAAAACCGGGAGCAUAUGGUUUGCUACACAUGCUCCAAUUUGGGGGAAACGGAUGAACGAAUAAACCCUAGUUCUCCCCUCAUUGGCGGCCGUCGCCCAUCCCAAAGCCUCGCACUCGCCGGUUGCCUACUUCACCCCGUCGCCCUCGUCCUCGUACUCAUCUUCUCUCCUCCGCAGGCUCCCGAUCUCCCGAUGCAAGCCGAGCCACCGGCAAGUUACUUUCACCGAUUGACCUGCCCAUUUCAGUCAGCAGGAGCGGCGGCGGCGGCAGAGUGAACCAAGGGUCUUCCGAUAUGUCUGAAUCUGGCAAUACAGCGCCUCCUGCCGCGUCAUUCCACAGCGACGAAUCCGUCGGGCCAAACAAGCGCAAGAGAAAACGGAUGAGUCCCAGUCCCAGCCCAGAUAUCUGGGAGCAGUACGAACGGCUGAAAGAUGACCCCAACAAGGCCGUAUGCAAGUACUGCUCCGAUGUGCUUUCCUGCUCCUCGCUGGUCUCUCAUGCGAAAUGGUGUAAACAGGAAUCUGACAGCAACCAAACUCAGUAUUUUGUUCGACGCGAUCCCGACGACCCAUAUGGACCCACCAUAGUUCCUUGGAAAUACAAUGCGCAAGAAGCUAGGACGGCUUUUGCGCGUUUGGUUAUUGAAGAUGAGCAGCCGCUCGUGUUUUCGCGACACCCAGGUUUUAGCCGCUUCACUUCCAAAGUUUGCGCUCGGUUCAGCGCCCCUCCCAGGAAAACAGUAUGCAAAGAUGUUCUCCGCGUUUACAAAGAUGAGAAAGCAAAGCUGAAGAACUUGUUUCAGGAAUCUCCUCAAAGGGUUAGCCUCUCCGUCAGAAAGUGGACAUCUUCGAGGCUUCAGAAGUACAUGCGUCUCACAGCCCGUUACAUUGACAGCGAGUGGACACUUAACCACAAGGCGCUUAACUUCUGUUUGCUCGACAGCCACAACGGGGGAGACAUGGCCAAAGCACUUGAUUCAUGCUUGCUUGACUGGGGUGUUGAGAACGUCACUGCUAUUACCAUGGAAGAUGCAAGCUCAGAUGAUAUGGAGUACAUGAGGACAACUUUGAAUAAUCGGGGUGCUACCAUUUCACAAGGUAGAUAUCUUCACAUGAGAUGCUCGGCUCAUAUUGUUAAUCUUGUGGUUCAGGAUUGCUUGGAGGCAAUUUCUCCUUCUGUCUCUCGCAUCCGUGAUGCUGUGAAGUAUGUUAAAAGCUCCAUUUCAAGAAUGAGCGCUUUCAACAAAUGUGUCAAAGACAGCAAGGUGGAGAGCAGUGAGUUAUUGUGUCUUGAUGUCUGUGCCAGAUGGAACUCAACAUAUGUUAUGUUAGAUACGGCUGAAAAGUUUGAGGAGGCAUUUGAGAGUAUUCUUCUUAAAGAUCCUGCCUACAAGACAGAGUUGGGGGAGAGUAAUGGGGUUCCACAACACACAGAUUGGGAGCAUGCUCGUAAAUUUACCAAAUUUCUGAAACAUUUAUACAGACUCACAUGUGGAGUUUCAGAGACUAAGCAUGUUUAUUCCCACAUGUUGUUUCAAAAUGUUGCCGCUAUAAACGAGCUGUUGGCACGUUUCUGUGACGGUGAUGAUAAUACCUUCAAACCUGUUGCUAUUAAGUUGAAGGAGAAAUACAUUAAGUAUUGGGGGGAUCCUGAAGAGAUGAACAUGUUGAUAUUUGUUGCUGCUAUUCUUGAUCCGAGGACCAAACAAUCUGAACGUUUGAAGAUACCUGUUUUAUUGACAUAUGGUGAGACUAGAGGUGAACAAGUAUUGGAGAAGGUAAAUCAGACAUUGCACUCUCUUUUCGAAGAAUACAAGCGCUUGUAUGAGCAAGUUGGAAGCGAAGGUGAUGGUUCAGAAACAGAACCUAGUUGUAGUGAAUCAAGUUUUAAACACUACCUGUAUUUAUACCAAAAGGAAAGGAAAGCUGCAGCUGCUGCAGAUGGCAGAACUGAAUUAGAGAAGUAUAUUUGUCAAGAGGUUGAAUGGCAGUAUUCAGGUUUUGACAUUCUCACUUGGUGGAAAUAUAAAACACACGAGUUUCCAAUACUUUCGCGCAUGGCUCGUGAUAUAUUGGCCAUCCACAUGUCAACAGUUUCUUGUGAAUCAGCUUUUAGUACCGGUGGUUGUGUUCUUGACGAUUUUAGAAGCUCCUUGCCUCCUUUGGUGGUGCAAAGUUUGAUAUGCGCACAAGAUUGGGUUCGUCAACCGUCGAAUGACUCAAAGAGUUGAGUGAAUUCAAGAUCCAACUUCCAGCAGCAAGCAUCUGUUGACGCAGAGCGGCAUUGAUGCUUUGAAGAAUGAUUGAAUGGAGCCAUGGCGAAGUAUUGGAACUUUUGUAAUUAUGGCACUCGACAGUUCAGAAUUUCGAUGGUCUAUAUAAUCCUCUAGUGUUGGAGGCUGGACUCUUCCUUGAACUCUGUUGACAGUUUGACUCUAAAUCCGUUAUAUAUAUUGGCCUAUCAUAUAUUUUAGAACUUCAA